GUGCAUUCGAUAGAGAGCUCGGUAUGAUAAUGAUGAGGUGCAAAAAGGGCCUUGGGGCCGCAAGCAUGCCUCUAGCUGCUACCCGAGAGUCGCCCUCAACCUCGCUCUUAGCUCCACGCCAUAAGCAGCGACGACAAGAGAACGCGCCCCGAGGACUCCGCAUCUGGGCAUCCCAGAGCAAGUGACACCUUGCUGCGCCGGUUUUCCGCCCCGUCUCGCAGCGCAUCCUGCAGCCUCGAAGUAAUCGCUGCGAGGGUAACCCAUUCUGUUCACAGCAGCCGUCAUUGCAUUGUCACGAGCCUCGGCGCCGUGUGCCCGCCAGGCACGUCAACCAAGAAAGAGGAGGGCUGCGCAUCGGUGUGCGCCUUCUAUAAACACUGCCCGGCACCUCCGCGCUUCCCUCCACCAUGCCGGCCACUUCCCCAAACCACCCUUUCGCCUCGCCCAACGCCAUCCCGCCCCGCACAAGCUCCACGGGCAUCCUCAACUUGAACGCGAACACGGGUGCCGCCAAGCAACCUUCCAGAACCAGCGUCCUGCGUCCCCUGAGCGAGAUUGAUUGGUUGGGCCAGAGCAAGAAAAGCAAGACGAGCCACUCUGCAGACUCUUUGAAUGCGCCUUUCCAACCACAGUCGUUACAACAUCCCUGGCCCCAGACCAUGGCCUCGCAGCUGAACUCACCUCCCCGCACCGAGCACACAGACAUGGAUUCGCCCAUGGACAAUGCCCAAGCAGCCGUCAGCCUCGAAGCCACCACAAACUACCCGACGCCACUCUCUCCACCAUCAGAACACGCAAAGGACAUAGGCGAGGAGCUCAUCUACGGGAAUGGCGUCGCGUGGACAGAAGCCAAGGAGCGCAUAUUACUGGGGCCGUACGACUACCUGUAUGGGCAUCCCGGCAAGGAUAUACGGAGUCAGUGUAUUGCGGCCUUCAACCUGUGGCUGAAAGUGCCAUCAGAAAGACUGGAGAUCAUCACAAAAGUAGUGGGCAUGCUACAUACCGCGAGUUUACUUGUCGACGAUGUAGAAGACUCCUCUCUCCUCCGCCGCGGUAUCCCGGUCGCUCACUCCAUCUUCGGAACCCCACAAACAAUCAACUCGGCAAAUUACGUCUACUUCCGCGCCCUGUCCCUUCUGCUCUCCAUGAACAACCCGAAACUCAUCGAGAUAUUCACCGAAGAGCUUUUGAACCUGCACCGCGGACAGGGUAUGGACCUAUACUGGAGAGAUAGCUUGACCUGUCCAAGUGAGGCAGAUUACCUAGAGAUGGUCGGAAACAAGACUGGCGGCUUAUUCCGAUUAGCAAUUAAGCUCAUGCAAGCCGAGUCGAAAACAGACAUUGACUGCACACCCCUCGUAUCAACGAUAGGCCUCCUCUUCCAAAUCCUAGACGAUCAUCUAAACCUCUCCCCCACAUCCGGCUACACAACUCUCAAGGGCCUCUGCGAAGACCUCACAGAAGGCAAAUUCAGCUUCCCUGUCAUCCAUGCCAUACGCGCCGAUCCAAGCAACCAGAUCCUCAUCAAUAUCCUCAAGCAGAAAACUACAGACGAGGAGGUCAAGCGGUACGCGUUGAGGUAUAUGGAGAGUAAAGGGAGCUUCGAGUAUAGCAAGGGUGUUAUUGAGGAGCUGAGGAGCAAGACGGAUGAGCAUGUUAGAGUUAUUGAGAGAGAGCUGGGACAGGAGGGGAGAGAGGGCGCGGAGGCGUUGAGGGUUAUGCUGGCGAGGUUGGUGUUGAAAUGAAGGACGUUUGUCACGCUCUGCAUUUCAGCGCUCAUUGGAUACCAUGAUGACUGGUGGAUUUAAUGUCGGCAUGUCAUGGCUUUACGAGGCUUACGUUGAAUGAUGGGAAUGUGUACAUGUCUGGUGGUAGACGCCUUAAUACCCAAUGUACCGCUGGUUUGUGUACAUAAUAAUGAGAUGUGAUUUGUAAGAGCUGGUGAGUUGGAUUGGGAGGGCUUCCUAUAAUUCAACGAGACUUGACUCCAUGUUCGGGCUCCUACUCAUUCAUCACUUGGUAAACGUGAUAGUGAGAACUUCAAGCAUGUGCCAGAUACAUGUCUAACU